AUGAGACGGAAGUCCAAAAACAUGGGGAGCAAGGGGCGGUGGGCUAGUGCAAGUCAUUGGCUACAACAUCGCCGCGCAGUGGUCCGAAAAGCAGUUUCUGAAAAAGGUGAUGAGGGAUCUUCGAGGAAGAUUAUGAUUUCCAAAAUGGCUUCUAGACUGUGGGGCCCCAAACACGAGAAAGAGAUGGAGUUUAACAAGAAAAAGGAGAACAAACGGCGUAUUCAGGCGUUUCGGCAGGGAAUGAUCUUCAAAGGGAAAAAACGCUUGGCUCAACAAGCUGCUGCUGAAGAGGAAUCUGAGAAGAAGAAACGAAAACUGUAUUUCAAGAAUGUCAGAGACCGUGACUUGAUCCAAAAAGGAACAUUGAUGACAUCCUUUUGA